GCCUUAUGAUAGGCCAUGAUUCUGCUCACCCCCUGUUCGCUUGGACACCAACGACGAAGCCAAUAAUAUUAGUCAAUCCUAUCUAGAGGAUCUGGAGAACCAUCUCUUUUUCAAAUCGCCGCUUUCAAAUCUCAGUGCAGCGUGCGAAGUAGAUCUGUUCUUCUAUCCCCAUUCAUCUUAUAUGCAAUCUGAUCAUUGUUCCUCUCAGUUUGAUUCCUUCUACUUGAUUCUCCAACCCUUAUAAGAAGUCGAGAUAUCUAACUCUAUCCCCACUUUCAGCUCCUACUUUCACCCCACCAUGCAUCCGGACGAUUAUAAGAUUCUACCCUUCUCUUUCCCCAACUCGCAAUGUCUGAACUCGAAGACGUUUCGCCAACCGAAGCUCGACGGGUCACUCACCAUGCCCGAAAUAUGGGAUUGGCAUCUAGAGCACUCUCCUGACCAUCCGCUCUUCAUCUACUCAGACGAUGACGGUGCUGAGAAGACUAUCUAUUGGCCUGAAGGUGUUCGAGGUAUACAUAGAGCUGGCCAUAUUGUGCGUUCGCUGGCUCAGAAGGAGGCACCACAAGACACCAAGCCGAAGAUUUUCGCAGUUCUCGCACUCGCUGAUACCAUCACCUCUUUUACCUUGCAAGCAGGCAUCAUGCGCGCAGGACACGCCGUAUUUCCCAUUUCACCACGUAACUCACCCCCAGCUAUCGCUCAUCUGUUAUCCAAGACGGGGGCACAGCAUCUCCUUGUUGGGCCUGAACCGGCAUUGCAGAGCCUAGCAAAAGCGUCACUCAAGAUUAUGUCAGAUGCGGACUCCCCUCUGCCUGCUCUUGCCGCUGUUCCAGCGUUCGAAGGCUUAUAUCCGCAAAGAGAUGAUCCAACUUUUGAGCUUCUUCCUCCGAUCAGGCCGGACUGGGAUGAUCCUGCUGUGAUUCUGCACUCUUCUGGCUCCACUGCUUUCCCGAAACCUUUAAUGAGCACGCACUACCGAUUUUUCGUUGUAGGUUGUAUACCCUAUCUGGGCGAGCGUGAUCUCUGUGGACAACGAUUUGGUUGCCAUGCUGUACCGUUCUUCCACGGAACGGGAACAAUGCAAACCGGCUGGACGGCUACUGUCGGCCUGACCUUGACAUGCUUCAAGCCGCAGUCUCCUGCUAUCGGACCGAGCCCGGAACUCGUGAUCAAGGGAGCUAUGCUCACAAAGAGCGAUAUCAUAUUUUGUGUCCCAAGCUUCGUCGAGGCGUGGGCCCAGAACGCAGAAUAUGUCCGUUUCCUCUCAAAGAUUCAAGGAGUUAUAUAUGGAGGAGGACCUCUGUCCCAAGAGGUUGGGGAUCAUUUGACAGAACAGGGCGUUUCGCUUUUUAUUCUCUAUGGGUGCACUGAAUGUGGCGUCGUUACCCCGAUUGUGCCUAAGAUCGUCGGUAAGGAUUGGAACUACUUUAAAUUUCCGGAAGGUAUCAGGACGCAUUACAUCUGGGGUACCGACGGAAAUGCCGAAGUCGUUUUUCUGCCGGGAAAGCACCUUAUCCCCGCUGUCUUCAACACAACUGUAGAUGGCGUGGAUGCAUACGCCACGAAUGAUUUACUGUCUCCACAUCCCACCAAGCCGGGGUAUUGGAAGAUUUUCGGUCGUGCUGAUGAUCAAAUCAUGCAUAAUACUGGAGAAAAGACUAAUCCAGGACCCUUGGAGGAUAUAUUAAACCGUGAUCCACAUGUUCGAGCUUCAGUACUGUUUGGAAGAGGCAAGUUCAAUGCCGGAGUCUUAAUAGAUCCUCAGCCUGCGUUCGCGUUUGAUCCUACGGACCAACAGAAGCUUGCCGAUUUUCGUAACAAGAUCUGGCCGACUGUCCAGAAGGCAAACGAAUACGCCCCUCAACAUUCUCGUAUAUUUAAAGAGAUGAUCCUGGUUGCAUCACCGUCCAAACCAUUGUCGUACACUGCCAAAGGUACACCUCGCCGCCACGCCGUAAUCGCCGAGUACCAGUCAGAGAUAGAAGCACUCUACACCGCGGCCGAAGAGAGCGCCCAGGCAGAGCUUUCUCCUCCCACUUCAUGGGAUCCGUCCGCUACUAAACUCUUCGUUCGCGAAGUGGUAACAAAAGUUAUGAAAUGUAUAUUGCAAGAUGAUGACGACUUGUUCGAGAGAGGAUGCGACAGCUUACAAGCAACCUGGAUUCGAAACACCAUUGCACGCGCAAUCCGAUCCACUCUCAAGGCGGACACUCGCACCAUCCCGAAUAGCUUUGUCUAUCAAUACCCAAAGAUCAGCUCACUUACCACCGCUGUUUUGAACUUCGCUCAGUCUGCGUCUUCGCCUUUGAACGACGCUGAUCAUGUUGACGCCAUGUUGAAGAUGGUCGAUAAAUACACCACGUUCUUCGGCUUGCAUGCUCCAUCUAGGCCUCCGCCUGAACGUGACACUGUAGUUGUUACAGGUACUACCGGUUCCUUAGGUGCUACACUGCUCGCCCGUCUGGUCGCUUCACCUGAUGUAGCCCACAUUUAUGCUUUGAACCGCAAGAGUGAAGUGCCGUUGAAAGAACGUCAAAAGCUUAUCCUGCGGGACAGAGGAUUGGAAGAGAAUACUGCAGAUUUGGAGAAGGUAACUCUGUUGGAAACAGAUUUGGGUAAAGACAAACUGGAUCUUUCUCAGGACGUAUUCGAGGAGAUUCGUAACUCUGUCACCCACAUUAUCCACAAUGCAUGGCCGGUUAAUUUCAACCUUAGUUUGUCCUCCUUCGAACCGCAGAUCAAAGGAACGAGACAUCUCGUAGACCUUGCUCUUUCUUCGCCUUUCCUGACACCGCCUCGUCUCAUCUUCAUCAGUUCCGUUGGUGUUUUACACUAUUUAGAUCCCUCUGUCGCCGUGCAAGAAGGCCCUGUUGAGGCAUCUGUUGCGGUGGGGAACGGUUACAGCGAGUCGAAGUGGGUGGUUGAAAAAUUGUUGAGCGUAGCUGCGGAUAAGACACCAUUACGCCCAGUCUCCAUCCGAGUAGGUCAAAUCUCCGGCGGUGCUUCCGGUGCUUGGAAGCAAGAAGAAUGGUUUCCGGCUCUUGUGCGAACUAGUCUGCAUCUUGGGUGUCUACCUCAAUUACAAAGGGACGUGUCAUGGAUAUCGGCUGAUGCGGCCUCGCAGGCCAUUGUCGAGAUGCGAAAUUCUGAUGCACCCCAUCUCCAUCUCUCUCAUCCUCAACCAGUACCUUGGGAAACUAUCGCUGAACCCAUAAGGCAGACCCUAGACCUUUCUUCAGUAUCGUAUGGUGAUUGGCUAAAGUCACUGACGGCGCUAAAUUCGGGGUCAAGUGCAGAUACAGAAGUCGAACUAUUGGAUCGUUUUCCUGCUUUGAAGAUUCUCGAUAUAUUCUUGGAUGCAGCAAAUUCUGAGUCCGUAGAGGCUAUGGGAUUGCCCAGGCUCGACGUAUCUCGAGCGCUUGGCGUCGCACCCUCACUGCAAGGGGUACCUCCGUUAUCUGGUAGGGAUACAUUGGGUUGGAUAGCGUACUGGAAAGGACAUGGGUUUCUGUAGCGGAUAUUGGACAUAUGGGGUCGCCACCGGAAUAUGAAUUGAAGCCGUUUUGGUGCAUCAGGAUAUACUCGAGUAUGUAGGAAUUUCUCGCCGGUGGUCUGACUUUCUAAGGUGCAAAAAUGUCUUCUAUAAAUACGACGCACAUCCUCACCC